UUUCUUCCUAACAGGUAUGUUCACUUUGGUUGACAGCAAAUCCUCCUGUGGGUCUGCAGAUGUCAGCACCCUGGACUAGACAGAAAGGCACUUUUCUUGUCCCGAAGUCACGGCCCUUGACCCCAGCCAUGAUGCUGUAUCUGCCCCUCAAACUAUGGACAUGGGUGGUGCUACUCCAUGUCACACUCAUAUUUGUUCUCAUCUUAUAUGGCAUAUCAAGAAUGCUGCCUUCUGGAGAGGGUUGCCAAUACCACAGCCUGUGCAUCUGUCUCCUGGACACAUUCCGUAUGCUGAUGCUGAACAGCUGCCCCCGGUUCCCUCAACAGGCUGCUAUGAGAUACCUGCUCACAUCCUGGGCCUUCUUCUCUCUGCUCACCAUGACCACUUACUCAACAGGUUAUACAUCUCUGUUCACAUUUCCACCCUAUUCUCCCCCCAUCAAUACUGUUGAUGACUUGUUGUAUCAGGGGAUUUACUGGGGUGAGCGCUCAAAUGACUUCAAGCUACUUUUUAUAGAUGUUGGGAACCCAAAGCUGGCAGAGUUUGGGAAGCGGUUCAAACCAGAGAUCUCAGUGCUAGACAGGGAGAAGCGUAUCCUACAGGGUCAGUAUGCAGUGUUUACCAAGACAAUGUCCUCCACGUUUGUGACAGAAACCGAAACGCUGUCUCACAAGGCAAGGCAAAAGCUAAGAAUCAUGAAGGAACCUGUGUUUACAUUCUAUGUGGCAAUUGGACUGUGCCCCAACUCACCCUUCAAGUCACACAUAGACAGUACUAUCACGCGACUGCAAGAUGCUGGCAUUGUGCACUACUGGCAGAGACUCAUGAUCCAAAACCUAGGCUAUCACUACAUGAGUAAAUUCUUUGAGGUAACUCACAAGGAGAACACAGGUCACUCUGCACUUUCCCUUGACUCUAUGCAGGGUGCAUUUUGCAUGUUAGGUAUGGGGCUAGCCCUUUCAUGCAUCACAUGGUUCAUCGAGAUAAGCACAGGACACAGAAACAAGAUGUGCACGACGAGCACUUACACCAAAACUUAACAUUACUGUGGCACCCAACCUGAUGACCACGGACAG